AGGCACUAUGGCACUAACUUUCACAUAGUUUCAUAUUCAUUCAUAUUGGAAAUGAUUACAUCAAUGACCCAACCAAAAUUAAAUUCCCAUAAUGGUAGGCUCAGCAACAAUGGCGGAGAAUUGUGAUGAUCCUAACAAAUCCACACGUCCUUAUUCUCUUUUUUUCAUUCCACACACACCAUUUAGUCAAACACAUAUGAUAUAGUAACUGUUCAUAAAAAAACCACACAUUAUGGUUCUGAUUAAUUUCAUUACAACAACAUGGACCAAAAACAUAACAAACAAAGUAACAAGUUUCAAUGAUGAAAACAAAAACAAAAACAAGAACAAUAGUAACUAGUUUGUUUAUGCUACUUUGCUGUAAAGUAGUGUAACACAAUAUGGAGUUGACUCAAUAAUCAUGAUCAUAUAUUUCACGGUUUAUCCAAACUUUUUCAUGCUCUCAUCAAUCAAAGUUUAUAGCUUUACUUUCUCUCUCUUAUUUAUCUCUCUGUUGUGUAUUCAUUGUUUUCAUGGGUCUAUUUAAUUUUUCUCCUAACCAAAAGGGUCAUUUCAUUUCUUUAACAACACGGUAUCUUUUGUUUUUAUUUCAAUUUUCUAUGUCAUCUUCUGUUAUGUCUUGAACUUCUCAAUUUUUCAUGUUCACACACACUAUAUGUGUUUAGCUUCUGUUCUUGUCAAGUAUUUGAUGUUUUUGUUUUGUUUUCCUAUGUUUUGCUUUGAUUUUUAAGACAACUGUUUUAUGUUUUUGUUGAUUUUCCUUUGAAAAAAUGGGAUUGGAGUUAAGUUUCAGCUCAAAAAAUGUGUUUUUUCACUUUUACAUGAUUUUAUUGUUUAGUCUUGGAAUCUUCUUUGUAAGUUCAAUCAAUGAAGAAGGUUCAACUCUUUUGAAGUUUACAAUUACUCUUUUAGAUUCAGAUAACAAUCUUGUUAACUGGAAUCCUUCUGAUUCAACUCCAUGCAAUUGGACUGGUGUGUCUUGCACUGAUUCAUUGGUAACUUCUGUUAAUCUUUACCACCUUAAUCUUUCUGGUAGUUUGUCACCUACUAUAUGUAAUCUUCCAUAUUUAGUUGAGUUGAAUCUUUCCAAAAAUUUCAUCUCUGGUCCAAUUUCUGAACCUUUUUUUGAUAAAUGUAAUAAACUUGAGGUUUUAGACCUUUGUACUAAUAGGCUUCAUGGACCAUUUCUAUCUCUUAUUUGGAAAAUCAAAACACUUAGAAAACUUUACCUUUGUGAAAAUUACAUGUAUGGUGAAAUUCCAAAUGAGAUUGGAGAACUAAUAUCACUUGAAGAGUUAGUGAUUUAUAGCAACAACUUAACCGGAAUCAUUCCGAAAUCAAUCAGUAAAUUGAAGAAGCUUAGAGUAAUAAGAGCAGGUUUGAAUGGUCUCUCAGGAACAUUACCUUCAGAAAUUAGUGAGUGUGAUAGUUUAGAGACAUUAGGGUUAGCACAGAAUCAGUUAGUAGGUUCUAUUCCAAAAGAGCUUCAAAAGCUUCAGAAUCUUACAAAUUUGAUUUUAUGGCAAAACUCUUUUUCUGGUGAGCUUCCUCCUGAGAUUGGAAACAUUAGUUGCCUUGAAUUACUUGCUUUGCAUCAAAAUUCGUUGAUUGGUGAUGUCCCGAAAGAUAUCGGAAGGCUAUCGCGGUUGAAGAGGUUGUACAUGUAUACUAAUCAGUUGAAUGGAACAAUUCCACCUGAGUUAGGAAACUGUACUAAUGCUGUUGAGAUUGAUCUUUCGGAAAACCAUUUGAUUGGUAUCAUUCCUAAAGAGUUAGGUCAAAUCUCUAAUCUUACCUUGCUUCACCUAUUUGAAAACAAUUUGCAGGGUCAUAUUCCAAAGGAACUUGGAAAUUUGAGGCUGCUAAGAAAUUUAGAUUUGUCAUUGAAUAACUUAACUGGUAGAAUUCCAUUGGAGUUUCAAAAUCUGGAACUCAUGGAAGAUUUGCAGUUAUUUGAUAAUCAACUUGAAGGUGUGAUUCCACCUCGUCUUGGAGCUGUUAAGAACCUUACUAUUCUUGAUAUAUCCGAAAAUAACCUUGUUGGUAAGAUACCGAUCCAUCUUUGUGAAUAUCAGCAGCUUCAAUUCCUUAGCCUUGGAUCAAAUAGGCUCUUUGGAAAUAUUCCUUAUAGCUUGAAAACUUGCAAGUCACUUGUGCAGUUAAUGUUGGGAGACAAUCUUUUGACAGGAAGUUUACCUGUUGAAUUGUAUGAACUUCAUAAUCUUACCGCGCUCGAGCUCCAUCAGAACCGAUUCUCGGGUUUUAUUAGCCCUGAAAUUGGUCAACUUCGGAAUUUAGUGAGGCUUCGCUUGUCAGAUAAUCAUUUUUCUGGUUAUCUCCCUUCUGAGAUUGGAAAUUUAUCACAACUUGUCACAUUCAAUGUCUCGUCUAACCGUUUAGGUGGAAGUAUUCCAGACGAAUUAGGAAACUGUGUGAAGCUGCAGAGGCUUGAUCUUAGAGGGAACAAGUUUACUGGUAUGCUUCCAAAUUCAAUUGGAAAUCUUGUGAAUUUGGAGCUACUAAAAGUCUCUGAUAACAUGCUUUUUGGAGAAAUACCGGGUACUUUGGGAAACCUUAUUCGGCUAACUGAUUUAGAGCUCGGUGGCAAUCGGUUUUCAGGACGCAUCUCUUUUCAUUUGGGGAGACUUUCUGCUCUUCAAAUAGCACUUAACUUGAGUCACAACAAUCUUUCUGGUACGAUUCCUGAUAGCUUAGGGAGCUUGCAAAUGCUAGAAUCACUUUACUUGAAUGAUAAUCAACUUGUCGGUGAAAUUCCUUCAUCAAUUGGUGAGUUGCCUAGUCUUUUAACAUGCAAUGUAUCUAACAAUAAGCUGAUAGGAGCUGUUCCUGACACAACUACAUUCAGAAAGAUGGACUUGACGAAUUUUGCGGGGAACAAUGGUUUGUGCCGUGUAGGUACUAAUCACUGUCAUCCAUCUUUAGCUUCAUCUCAUCAUGCAAAGCCAAUGAAAGACGGUUUAUCAAGGGAAAAGAUAGUGAGCAUUGUCUCUGGAGUGAUUGGUUUUGUUUCUCUUAUUUUCAUAGUUUGUAUAUGUUGGACUAUGAUGAGGCGCCACCGCAGCGACUCUUUUGUUUCUAUCGAAGAACAAACAAAGUCUAAUGUAUUAGAUAACUAUUACUUUCCAAAAGAAGGCUUCACUUACAAUGAUCUCUUGGAAGCUACUGGAAAUUUUUCAGAAGGUGAAGUUAUAGGAAGAGGAGCUUGUGGAACUGUCUAUAAAGCUGUUAUGAAUGAUGGUGAAGUUAUCGCUGUCAAGAAGCUGAAUACACGAGGUGGAGAAGGAACGAGUAUGGACCGAAGCUUCCUUGCAGAGAUUUCAACUCUUGGAAAGAUCAGGCACAGGAACAUAGUGAAGCUGCAUGGCUUUUGUUUUCAUGAGGAUUCAAAUCUUCUCUUGUAUCAAUACAUGGAAAAUGGAAGCCUUGGAGAAAAACUUCAUUCAAGUUCAAAAGAAUGUGUAUUGGAUUGGAAUGUUAGAUAUAAAAUAGCUCUAGGAGCAGCAGAAGGAUUAUGUUAUCUUCAUUAUGAUUGUAAACCUCAAAUCAUUCAUCGCGAUAUUAAGUCGAACAACAUUUUGCUUGAUCAUAUGUUUCAGGCUCAUGUUGGAGACUUCGGAUUAGCAAAGUUGAUCGACUUUUCAUUAUCAAAAUCUAUGUCUGCUGUUGCUGGAUCAUUUGGCUACAUUGCCCCAGAAUAUGCUUACACAAUGAAGGUGACUGAAAAAUGUGACAUCUAUAGUUUUGGGGUAGUUUUGCUGGAACUAGUAACUGGUAGGUCACCAGUUCAACCAUUGGAGCAAGGUGGUGAUUUAGUGAGUUGGGUGAGGAGAUCAAUUCAAGCAUCCAUACCUACAUCUGAAUUAUUUGACAAAAGAUUGAAUUUGAGUGAACAAAAAACUGUUGAAGAAAUGUCUCUUAUUCUAAAAAUUGCACUGUUUUGCACAAGUUCAUCUCCACUUAAUAGGCCUACAAUGAGAGAGGUCAUUGCAAUGUUGAUUGAUGCUAGAGAAUAUGUCAACCAAUCACCAAACUCUCCUACAUCUGAAUGUCCACUUGAUGAAUAUAAAAGCUCUUCUUCCAAAGAUGAUAGUCUUGAGUAGUGAAUUUGAAGAAGCUUCACUAUGUCCUCAAAGGAGAGUUAUUUGAGCAAUACAUUUCCACAUGUUUGAAUCUUGAUCAAUGAUGUCCCCUAGCUCAAAUGAAUAAAUAACUUUACCUUAAAGAAAGUAAAAAAUGCAAUACUUUAACACAAUCAGGAUCAUUUCCUUCAUGUGCAAGUUCCUCUACUAUGUUGUUUGACAAGUUUUCAUCCAAAGGGUAUCAAACAAGUCUAAUAUAGUAUUUGUGAUGAUUCUAUUAACAUACCAAAACUCUUCUCAAUGUAGACACUCUUUGUUUGAUGCCUUA